AUGAUUCUUUAUUAUUUAUCUGCGUGUUGUUUGCGGAAUGAUAUUGGGGUGCAACCCACAGCCGUCAUAAAAGUGAAAAUGAGUAUAGUACAUGGUUUUGAGAAUCUUACUACUACAACAAAAGUCCCGUUUAUUAUUGGUGUUGCUGGUGGGACUGCUUCCGGAAAGUCGUCAGUAUGUUCUCGAAUAAUAGAGAAACUCGGAAAGGCUCAUGAGCGACGAGUAGUAGCCAUAUCACAAGAUUCAUUUUAUCGCAAUUUGACAGCUGAAGAAACUAAAAAAGCGAAUCGAGGAGAAUUCAAUUUCGACCAUCCAGAUGCUAUUGAGUAUGGACUGAUGAUAUCGGUUCUUCACAAAAUGAGAAAAGGUGAAAGUGUUGUUGUUCCAAAAUAUGACUUUUGCACUAAUUCGAGAUCAAAGGAUUUUGAUGUGAUUGAAUCAGCUGAUGUUAUAAUUGUUGAGGGUAUACUGAUUCUGUAUGAUCAAGAAUUGCGAAAUCUUUUUGAUAUGAAGCUGUUUGUGGAUACUGACUCCGAUGAUCGUCUAGCUCGACGUGUUCAGAGAGAUACUCAAGAGAGAGGGCGCUCAUUGUCGCAAGUCCUCCAUCAGUACCUAAAUCUUGUAAAACCAGCAUUUGAAGAAUUUUGUUUACCGACGAAGAAGUAUGCUGACGUUAUUAUUCCACGUGGUGCUGAUAACAGUGUUGCUAUUGAUUUAAUUUCGCAUCACAUUCAUGAAAUAUUACGUUCACCGUCGGUUCGGUCAGCCACAGAUGAAACUCGCGAUAUGAAAGUAUUUGCGAUGUCGGCUGCUUCAUCUGCCAAAGGCAAUGAACACUGCCGUGCUUGUAUGAGCGUUGAAGAGUUGAUGGAACGUGCUCGAAAACUAGCUGGGAAAAUGUCCUCAAAGGAUGAUGCACGACAAUCAUCAACUGCUCAGACUUCCUCAGAUUCAGUUAAAAUGAAACCGGGGAGGACCGAUUGUCCUGUCACCAUCGAAAAACUAGGAAAUUCAACUUGGAAUUUACUUCAUACAAUAGCAGCAUAUUAUCCUCUCAAGCCAACACUUGAACAAAAGAAGAAUGCAACAACUCUAAUGGAUCUGCUAGGAAAAGUAG